UUGGUUUGUUUUAAUUUUUUAAUAUUUCCACUUUAUAGAACUACUCCUGUGAUAGCUCAACCCAUUCGCGGAGUUCAGCGACAGGAGGCCAAACGUUACUACGUCGAGGAUGGUACUGCCGAUCCGCCUGUUCAAGUCGUUAUCGAUCGCUUUAAGAGACUUCGUUGGGGUGCGUACAUUCAUCCCAGAGCUGGUCGAAGAAAGCAUCUUUACCGAAAGAGACCCCACGUUGUGGCCAAGAUGGAUGAACACAUACUAACCAGCAGAGCAAUGAGUUUCGCUCUUGACAACAUGCUGAACAAGGAUUGGCGAAAGCCGAAAUAUUAUCCGGAGGACAUUUAUGAGCCCUAUCAUUGUAGAACUGGCGUUCCUUGGGACUAUGCAUCGUACAAACGUCGUUUCUAUCCUUAG